AUGCAUUUUUCGCAUUUUUAUUUCUUUGAUUCUGCGCUUUCGUUAUCAAAUUUCUUUCUUUCCUUUCAAAUUUCUUUCUUUCCUUUCAAAUUUCUUUCUUUCCUUUCAAAUUUCUUUCUUUCCUUUCAAAUUUCUUUUUUUCCUUUUAUUUUUAUUUGUUCUUUCGUUCGUACCUUUUCUCUUUCAUUUCUUAUUGCGUUAAUUCUUUGUAUCUUUUUUCUUUCUUUCUUAAUUUUCUUCGUUCCUUCUUUUUUCUUCCUCAUUUCCUUCCUUUUUUCUUACUUUUCUUUCUUUUACUCCUUCCUUUUUUCCUUUGUUUCUUUACUUCUUUCCAUAAUUCAUUCUUUCGUUUAUUCCUGUAUCCAUUCCUUUUUUGUCUUUCUUUCUUUCUUUCUUUCUUUCUUCUUUCGCCGUUCACAUUUCUACUUUUUAUUUUAUAUUUUUUUCUCUCUUUUUUCUUUUAUGUCUUUAUUUAUUGGUUUUCAGUAUUUCCCCUUUUCCUUCUAUACAUUCCUCUCUUUUGUUUGUUUGUUUCUAUCUUUCUUUCUUUCGUUCUUUCUUUCUUUCUUUCUUUCUUUCUUUCUUUCUUUCUUUCUUUCUUUCUUCAUAAAAGUCUUUCUUUCUAACGUUUUACUUUCUUUUUCCUUUUUCCGUCAGAUUAUCUCUUUUUUUUCUUUCUAA